AUGUUUGGUGAAUCAUAUGCUGAUCAAAUUAAAAGCAUUACGCUGGCAGAUAAUACGGUGGCAAGACGAAUAUCAGAUAUAUCUGAUGAUCUUUGCGAUCAGUUGAUAGAAAAAAUUAAAUUAUCUUCUUUCGCGUUGCAAGUAGAUGAGGAUACCGAUGUUGCUAAGGAUGCACACUUAAUAACAUAUAUAAGAUAUGUUAUCGAAAAUGAUAUUAGAGAAGAGUUGUUAUUCUGUUGUUGUUAUUCUGUAAGGGCAAUUGAAGGCAAAGCUACGGCGAGUGAAGUUUUUAACAUGAUUGAUAACUUUUUUAUUGCAAAUGGUAUUUUAUGGGAGAACUGUGUUGGACUGUGCACUGAUGGAGCUCCAUCUAUGGCAGGAAAAAAUGCUGGUCUGCAGGCCCCAGUUCGAAAAGUGGCUCCUCGUGCAGUUUGGACGCAUUGUAUGAUUUAUAGGCAAUCUUUUGUUGCAAGAAAUAUGGGUGAAGAAUUACUUGAAGUAUUUGAAAUUAUAACUAAGCAGGAAAUGAUAAUUGAUUUAUCUAGUGAUAGCACAUUGAAGCAGAUGUUUCAAUACGAAAAGAAUAUUGUUAAGUUUUGGUUACAAGUAAAGGAUUGGUUACAAGUAAAAGAUUUUCCAACUUUGACAAAUAAAGCUUUAGAAAUUUUAUUACCAUUUGUGACAUCCUGCUUAUGUGAAACUGGUUUUUCUGCAGUAGCAGUAUUAAAAACAAAGUACCGAUCUCGUUUAGUGAUAAAAAAGGAACUGAGAACAGCGAUUUCUACAAUGGAGCCGCGAUUUGAGAAAAUUUGUGCUAAAAAACAAGCUUAA